GGGAGGGUUAUUCUGAGGUUUGCCCAAGCGUGGUGAACUGCAAGCAGACGCAUUACGUAGUAUACAUGGGGUUAUCGAUAAGAAAGCGUGCCUUUCCAUCGACUCACUCGACCACACGCGGCUUGGAUUAUAUCUCUCCUCCUUUCUCUGUCCCUCUCCUUUCCUUCUUCCCAUCACCUCUACCACCACCCCCCUCUGUCCCACCAGAUCUCCUACUUUUGGUCACUAAAGCAGCCGCAGCCGACCCUUACCCUCAGAGAAACACACAUCCAUCAUGUCUGUCGCACCCACCUUUGGCGUCACCACGCUGCCCACCGUCGCCAAUGAGCCCAUGCGCAACUAUGAACCAGGCUCGGCGGACCGUGCAAAGCUCAAGGUCGCUAUGGACGAGAUGGCUGCCGCGAUGCCCUUCCGGGUGCCCUGCAUCGUCAACGGGCGCCAGGUCACAACGGGCAGGAUCAACAAACAGAUCAACCCGGCGGACCACUCGGGAAAACCCCUCUGCGAGUACCACGAGGCCGACGCGGCGCUGGUCCAGGAGGCCAUCGAGGGCGCACUCAAGGCAAAGCAGGGAUGGGCCAACUUGCCCUGGAACGAGCGCGCUGCUGUCUUCAUGAAGGCAGCCGACCUCAUCGCGACCAAGUACCGCUACAAGAUCCUCGCUGCUACCGCGCUUGGACAGGCCAAGAACUGCUGGCAAGGAGAAAUCGACGCCGCCGCAGAAACGUGUGACUUUUUGCGAUUUGGCUGCACCUACGUUCAGCAGCUGUAUGCCAUCCAACCCACCGCGCAUGCACCCACCACCUGGAACAGGAUGGAGUACAGGCCGCUCGAAGGGUUCGUUCUCGCCAUCUCGCCUUUUAACUUUACCGCCAUCGGUGCCAACUUGACAUUUGUGCCUGCAGUCGUCGGCAACGUGACUGUGUGGAAGCCGAGUCCGAUGGCCGUGUACAGCAACUACCUCAUCUAUCAGAUCUUCAAGGAGGCCGGCCUUCCCGACGGCAUCAUCCAGUUCCUGCCAGGCCCAGCCGAGCCGAUCGUCGGUGCGGCGCUGGCCCACCGCGAUUUUGCCGGUUUGCACUUUACCGGUUCCACGUUCGUCUUCCGCACGCUGUGGAAGCAGAUCGCACAAAACGUUGACAAGUACAGGAGCUAUCCGCGCAUUGUCGGCGAGACGGGCGGGAAGAACUUCCACCUAGUGCUCAAGGACGCCGACGUGGAUAAUGCUGUGCACCAGUCGAUCCGUGGCGCGUUUGAGUACCAGGGCCAGAAGUGCAGCGCGCUGUCGCGUCUGUACGUGCCCAAAUCGAUGUGGGAGAACUCGUUCAAGGCCAAGCUGCUCGCCGAGAUCGCCAAGAUCACGCUCGGUCCUACGUCCGAGUUUGAGCACUUUAUGGGCCCCGUCAUCGCGCGCCACUCGUACGACAAAAUCAUGAGCCUCGUCGACGCAGCGCGCAAAGAGGGCGGCGACAUCCUCUGCGGCGGCACCGGCGACGACUCGGUCGGCUUCUUCAUCCAGCCGACGGUCAUCGAGACCAAGGAGCCGCGCAGCGUCACGAUGGUCAACGAGAUCUUCGGCCCCGUCCUGACGGUAUACGCCUACCCGGACGACGAGCCGCUCGAGUCGGUCUGCGAAACGAUCGACACCACCACCGAGUACGCGCUGACGGGCAGCGUCUUUGGCACCGACCGCGAGGCGAUCAGCCAGGCGUCGAACUUGCUCAGGAACAGCUCCGGCAUGUGGUACACCAACUCCAAGUGCACUGGCGCCGUCGUAGGGCAGCAACCCUUCGGAGGCGCGCGUGGAAGUGGAACAAAUGACAAAGCGGGCAGCAUGUCCAUCUUCUACCGCUUCAUCAGCGCACGCACCAUAAAGGAGGAGUUCCUUCCCCUCGGUCACUACAGCUACCCACACAUGGGAUAAGCGCCCAUGGGCUCAGCCCGAUUUCCGAGCUGGCUUUCUUGAUGAAAGAAAAGGAACCCCAGCCAAGUUUUCUCGUUUCCUCCCAAUCACCACAUAGGUCUUGUUUCGCAUGCCAGGAACCGCAGUGCAGUGCCGUUUACACCCUCUCAUUCCAUGUAUCACUAAUGGGCGCGAGCGAAGCCGCUCUUAACACAGCUUCCAUCAACAUUACAUCCUUGCAUCCAGG